AUGACAGAGCCCCAACAACCACCCCCCAAAACCUUCUACUCAACCCGCUCGCCAUACGAACAUAAAUUCGGCUACUACCGCGCUCUGCGCCGCAAAUCACACAUCUUCGUAUCUGGUACAACGGCCAUAUCUAUCCCAACGUCUGAUACUACUAGCGACACACCGCCGCAAAUCCAAUUCCCGCACGACGCCCGUCAACAGACCAUUUUCGCAUUUCAAGAAAGCAUCCGGGCUGUGCGCGCCCUCGGCGGACAUUUGUCUGAUGUCGUCAGGGUUAGGAUGUAUGUUGCAAAACCAGAGGAUUGCGGUGCUGUUGGAGAGGGAUUCCGAGAAGUGUUUGGGAAGAAAAACGGGCCUCCUUCUUCAACACGGGAUGGUGAAGGAGCUCUUAUUCAAGGGGAGGAAGGGGAGGUGGGUGUUGUCGCUACCAUGGUCGUGGUGAAGGGUGGAUUUGUGGAAAAUGAUAUGUUGGUGGAGGUGGAGGUUGAUGCGAUUGUUGAUUAA